UACCUCGUGCUUAUUUUCAGAACAUAAGACCUUAAAAAAUUUACUUAAAUCUAUCAACUAACUCUUUGACUUUGACUGAAAGGGUGGUUUUCCACAAGUGUUGAAUAAUUUUGAUGUUGAUCUAUGACAUGCUUGGAAACAAAUUCCCAUGUCAUUUGGUGUUGCCCCAGGAAAUCUGUGAGAAUUAAGUUUCAAAAACUGACAUCUAUCAUGAACAAUGAUAGUACUUUUGAUGACUCAAGGUCCUCGGUUAAUAUGAUUUGCCUAACACUUGGUGUUAGCAAAACAUCCCAUUACACCACAAUGAGGAUCACUUAUUCCAGCUCCAGAUGAGCACAUGCCGAUGGUGUACCCCGGUGACCCCGGGAGCUGCAGACCUACUACAGAAGUAUGGUUGUGGGUCACUGACUCUUGAGGAUGAGGAAGCUGUCAGCAAAGACCUUUGCUUCUGCCUGGAGUGCGUGGUGGAGUACCACAGAGUGAGGGAUGAGCUGCCAUCACUGCACAAGCGGCUGUGGGAGUUGGAGACAUCCCGUCUUCUGGCUCGCUUCUCUCAGGCAUCUGAGGAGGAGCUGGAGGAGGACGACCUCCUAAUCGUGGAGGAUGACCAAGAGAUCCAGGUCCCGAAGUUUACAGCAGCCGAAUAUGAAAACUUCUUACGGGUCCCUCUCACUGAAAUACUGGAGUAUCCCUACUUAAUGGGUCACCCCAAACUAUGUGAAAUGUUUGUGGAAGCACUCUGUAAGAUGGAAAAGACAAACUCCUUUCAAGUCUUUGACAAAUAUCAGGGGAUAUAUCUCCUCCUUGUCCACCCUAAUGAAACGGUUAGGCGCUGGGCCAUCCGUACAGCACGAUCGCUGGGGAAGGUGGACCGUGAUGACUUCUACGAUCUCCAGGAUAUUUUCACCAGCAUGUUUUGCGUAAUUGAGCUAGAUCUCUUCCAGAACAGUGACAUAGACACAUCCUAUGAUCCUGCGAGCAGCAAGAUGGUCUGCCUUCCGAGUCAUCUCUAUGAUUCUUCUAACUACAAGAACUACUGGCUAGGGAUAUGCAUGCUCCUGACUGUUCUGGAUGCUCAAGCGAUGGACUCGCUAUUGUUGGGCCCAGAUAAGAAGACAGAUAUAAUGCAGUGCAUUCUUAACACAAUGGAAAAAGCAGUUGAAGAUGAGGGCAUGGAUCCAUUCUGGCCAGCGCUACAGUGUUUCAUGGUGAUCUUAGAUCGUUUGGGAUCUAAAAUUUGGGGCCAGUUGAUCGAACCAGCCCCGGCUUUCCAGACAAUAACAGGAAGCCACAGCUACACCACUGAGAUUGACAACAUCCGGCAGAAGACUAUGAUGGUGAAGGUCAAAAUGGAAAUAAGAAGUGAUGAUGACAUGGUGACCUGCAGUCAAAUUAUAUAUGACUCCAAUAUCAAAGAAAAAAAGAAGGGUAACAGUGUAAGGGGCUCUCAGGGUGUGGAGAGCGGCAGUGUCAUAUAUGAGGAAAUGCAAUCCCUGAUGGAUGUACUGCAGUCAGACAUGGGCCAAGAUAUGCGGGUCCACAACAGCACCUUCCUGUGGUUUAUCCCUUUUGUGCAGUCUGUGAUGGACCUCAAUGACCUCAGCAUUGUCUACAUUGGGGAAAUCAUCCACUACCUGUGUGGAGAGAUCAAGGACCUCAUCAAUGGACGGGUGCAGACGUGUGAUAAAGUCACAGAGUUUUUCAUCCUCAUACUUGUUUUCAUUGUUGAGUUGCACCUUAAUAAGGAUCGCAUGAAGGUGCUGUAUUACAGUUCCCCCAAGUGGGUGGAGGUGAUUGUGAAAUGUGCCACUUUGCCUUGUGCAGUCUUUCAUAACAGUGUGGACAGUGGGUCACACCGUGUGUCCUCUACUUCUUCUCUGAAGCCAUUGUCCCGAAGUCCCCAAGUAAGCACUGUUGUCCCUCAGGCUUGUAUGCUGUUAAUACGGUCCCUUCUCAAAGAAGGAGGGAAAUUGACAUUGCACAUCAAAUCUAUGCAGUUUCUAGACCUGCUUAACAAACAAAUUCGAGAGAUGCCGUUGAAGGAGUGGAGCCUCACGGGUUCUGAUGUGAAGGAGCUACAGAAUUGUCUAAAGUGUCUUGUAAAGUUGAUGAGAGACAAGACACCAGCUGCAGCCACUGGCAUUGUUGAAAAUGUGGAUGCCCUCAUGCCACCUCCCAGUAAUAACCCUGCUGAACCUUACGUACAACAUUGCAACUAUGCUUUAAAAUAUGAACAAAGAUGGGAUGGCGAGCAAGGUGGUCUGAAGGCAGCAGAUGGCAGAGACAAUGCAGGUUUUAGAACAGGAGAGACGGAUGUUAUUUCUGUAAAGAAAGAACCAUAUGAUUCUGAUGAAGAAUUUGAAUCAGUUGGAGAGCUAAAAGCCCCUCUCCAGGUGACCAAGAUGGUACCAGACCCAGGAAAGCUGGAAGAGCUCAAAUCUAGAUUGAGUCCAGCUCUUUUCUCCAAACUGCAAGUAAUUGCACAGAAGCAGUCAGAUCAUAAAAAUCUGACAGAUAACAUAUCAUCUGAUGUUGAACAGUCAAAUCUUGACAGAAUUUCUAGAGAACCUUUGAAUACUUUUGUUGGUGUACAGGAACCGGACUCAUCAAGGCCCUCAACAUCAGAUGCAGCAGUGGCUCACAGUAGUGUUUUUGCACAAGAAGGUAGUGAAUAUGGUGAUGAUGUGCCUCUCUCCACUAAGAAUUUUCUGAAAAAAACACAAAAGAGCAAACACUGCGAAACAGACAGCAGUUUUCAGGCUGACACAGAUAAUGACCAACCCUCUGUUGCUACAAAUGUUAAAGAACCUAAAUAUUGUGUUCAUUCCAGUCCAGAAAGUUCCCAUGUAAAAGAGAGGAGAGAACAGAAAGGGAGGAAAAAAGAGAGAAAUGCAGGAACAAAUUACAACCAAGAUCUCAAGGAUAGAGCAGACCCUGCUAUGGAUGUAAUCAUCAUUUCUGAUUCAGACUCUGCCAAGGAAGAUAAUGACAUUUCUGUUAGCAGCAAGAAAGAAAUUGAAAAUCAAUGUAGAAAUCAGAAGCUUAAGGUAAAGAGUGAACAUCUUAAUGACAUUGAUCAUGAUCAUGAGUUGCAAGAGAGUCCUAGUCAUUGUGACUUAAGUGAGUAUGACUCUCAGUUGUUUGAAUUUGAAACACAGGAUUAUAUAUUCUCAGCCUGGGAUGACCAUGCAAUUGAUGGAGCAAAUCCAGAAGCUGAGAGAGGACUGUCCACAGUCAGUGAACAAUUAGUGAGUCCUGGCCCAAGUGACCUUUCUCAUAAUUUGGGGUAUGAUACUGAGCCUAUUUCUGAUGAGUUGAUUGAAAAUGCGGUGUUGCAGGCGGAACAACAGGCACAGCAGCAGAAGCGUUCUCUUGAACACCAGAAAAGCAGUUCCGAGAAAAGAGAUGUUUUUCUUGAGCCAAAGCCAUUACACAUAAAAAAUUCUGCAAAAGGAAGCCCUUACAGAAAGAAACAAGUGAAAAGCAGUAUAACAAGUGUGGUUUCCAGAAUUGAACAACCAAACAAAAAAACAGAUUCGAAAUCAACUUUGAGCAGAUUUGCUUCUGAGCUUCCCACCUCUUCGUUGUCCACCCCUGCCAUAGUUCCUCCUAAAAAGGUCAGAAAACCUGUGGAACCCACUUCUGCUGUGGAGAAACUAGGGCUGAAGAAGAAAGAGCGUAAGGCUUUUGAUCUAUCCCAGAGGUCAUUGCACUGUGUUGGGCAACUAAGAAAGUAUGGACAGGGUGUCCAGGUGGAGCAAAAGAAGCAAAUAAGGAGGACCAGAAAGUCCAAGAUGAUCUCGCCUCAGAAACUCACUGUUAAGGGUAAUAAAAAACUUCUGGCUUCUCAGGACCUUCAGUUCUUUAGGCAAAGUAGAGCGAAACCACGAUCCUUUCGUAGAACAAAUCUAUCCGAUCAAACAGCUGGAAAAGGAGCCUCUGACAUAACAAGCAAAACAAAUUCUAAGUGGAAUGAUAUACUGAAACCUCACACAGUCCCAGAGGACGAGGAAGACCAUUCGGUUUUCCCUCCAUUAUGGCGGCCUGACACAAUAGCUGAUCACAGUAGAGGAGAAAGGAGCACUGAUCGAAGAUCACAAGAGAAACUAAGUACUACAGAAAUAAGCUCCAGUGACAGCCAUCUAGGCUUUUCGACUACAAUGUGCAAAGAUCCUCUCUAUUCUGGUGGUCACAGGCUCCAAGCAAAGGAGGUGAUUGAUGAUGUAAAGACAGAUGCUGCUGUUGACAAAGAUGAUGUGGGUAAAGGCUCUGAGGAUAAUGUUGAAGAGAUGUGUCGCACACAGAUAGAGCCAGUAGAUAUGGAGCUGUGUUCACAAGUGGAGGAUGAUGAUGAUUUGUUCCUCACACAGAGGGAUCCAGUGGACAUGGACAUUGAUGCUGAAACGGAAACUUAUGAAGGAAAAUCUCCCUGGAUGGAUCAGGCAAAGGAAAGGCCAGAUGCCAUGGUCUCACCACAGCCUGAGUCCCCUGCCCAGAAACCAUCCACUUCUCACAAGGGGGAUGACCACCUCUUUCUAAAGCCCGGCAUGUCACCCUUGUCCCUCAAAAAGGCCAAACCGUCAACCACUAAAAUAUAUGCACCCAGUUCAAGGAGUGCCACCCUGGUCCAGGAGAUGGAGAAGACCACUAAGCCACUGCCAUCUGCUGCAGUUGCAAAGAGCAAGUUUGCUCGCCCAGAAGUGCCUGUUAGGAGAACAAGUACACCCCAGCCUGAAUUUCAUCAGCCCCUGUUAAAACACCCUGUCAGUUCACACUCCAUUCAGAGCAGCGCUGUUGGUUUGUCACCACAAGUCCCCUCCUAUAAGAUUUAUGCAAGGCCAGAGACCCCCAUCAACAGGGAGGUGCCUCGCAUGGAUGCCAGCCAUAAGUUUGAUCAGUCUGUUCUUAUUCAGACAGUACUGAAAUGGACCUAUGACAUGUUCUGCAGUUACACCCAGUUUGGAGUCCCCUCAGAUCUGUGCAGUAUUCCACUGAAGGAGGUUGCCAGCACCUACAGGUCUUACGACGAAUACUUUGAGACCUUUUAUCCCUUGUUGCUGAUCAACACUUUCGAAGAGCUUGUAAAUGACUGGAUAAAGAAAACUGCUUCAGGACAAUUAAUAACUCACCAUUUAAAGGUGGUGGGGAUUGAAUACAGCAAUAAAAUCGCCAAUGCCAGUUUCACAGCCUGCCUUAGUAGCCAAGUUGCAGAACAGCAACUGUGCCCCAAGGAGGAUGACCUGGUGAUCCUGUGGCUGCCUCAGAACAUAUACUCUUAUUCCUGCAACGAGCCAGAGCCGAUGGAGCAACACGCUUGCUUUGGCUAUGUGUCCCAAUCCAAUCUCUUCUCUGAUGGCACAAAUCAGACUCUGAACAUCACCAUCCAAACUCGGGGAAACGUUUCUUCGGUGAACAACCAGGUGGUGAAGUGCCAGCUGGUGGGCUCUUUGGUCAGUGCCAUCCGGGAGUUAAGAGCCCUGUAUCUGCUGAAGACCAACAUCAUGUUCAGACCACUCCUUGCACCCCAGCUCACAUACUUCCAACCAGGCCAUGAGAAAAUUUCCGUCAUGAGUCUACCCGAAUUCAACCCUGAGCAAGUAAAGGCGAUCAGCUGGGGGCUGUCUAUUGUGAAGCGCCAGCAGAGGACUCCCAAGAUCUGCUUGAUUCAUGGCCCACCAGGGACAGGGAAGAGCAAAACCAUUGCAGGGCUGCUCCACUGCCUUUUCUCAGGGGGUCAUGAGAACCUGUCUGGCAUGGGGAAAGGGCUCCCAAAGGCCGGCAGACUCCGAGUCCUCCUGUGCGCUCCGUCCAAUGCCGCCAUAGACAGCCUGAUGAAGAAAAUCAUUGUGGUCUUCAAGGAGAACUGCAGAGACAUACAAAAUCCACAGGGUAAUUGUGGUGACAUAAAUUUAGUGCGACUGGGAAUGGAGAAGACUAUUUCAAAACAUCUGAAGCCUUUCAGCCUUGACAGCCAGACACGAGUCAGAACACAAAAAGCCCAACAGGGCCAUGAUAUGGGCAUCCUGCAGCGUAAAGUGCAGCUGGACCAGCGCAUCGACCAGCUCUCACAACGCUGUGCCACGGAGAAGAAGGGCACUGAGGAGUUCCGCAGGCUGAUUGACCAGAAACUCAGACUGUCAAACGAGAGAAAGCAGCUUGGACGCCAGCUAAAAGAAACUCGCAGCAGGAAGCAAGAGACACAGGCCAAGCUGCUGCAGGGCGCCCAUAUUAUUUGCUGCACCCUGAGCACCAGCGGAAGCAUGGUCCUGGAGUCCGCCUUCCGCCGCCUAGGACAUGAGCCCUUCAGCUGCAUCAUUGUGGACGAAGCAGGACAGGCCACUGAGCCCGAGACUCUCAUCCCCAUGUUAUACCGGUGCCCUGCCCUCAUCCUGGUGGGGGAUCCUGAGCAGCUGCCUCCCACCGUCAUCUCCCAGACUGCCAAGGAGAAGAAGUAUGACCAGUCCCUGAUGGCGCGUCUGUGGAAGUGCCUCCACCGCAUGGCGAGGGAGAACCCCCAAGUCUGCGUGCCCUAUAUUUUCCUCCGUGUGCAGUACCGCAUGCAUCCCGAAAUCUGCCAGUUCCCCUCCAUGCAUGUCUACGGCCGCACACUCGAAACGGACCGCAAUACAGUGGACAACAGGCGUUCAAACAGGUGGCCCUUUCAGCCCUACAUACUUUUUGACGUGACUGAUGGACGGGAGACAAAGGAGAGAGAGUCCUUCUGCAAUCAUAAAGAGGUAAAACUGGUGCUGUUUCUUAUCAAGAUGAUGCUAGACAAGCAGAUCAUUAAAGUUGGUGUCAUCACCCCCUACAAUGCCCAGAAGUUGAGGAUCCAGGAGUCCAUCAAUCGUGAGAUGGCUAAGGAGGAGAGCAAGCGCUUACAGGUGGAGGUGGACACUGUAGAUGGCUUUCAGGGCAGAGAGAUGGACUGCAUCAUUGUGUCCUGCGUUAGGGCAAGCGGUGAGCCUGGCUCUAUUGGAUUUCUAGGGAAUCGACAGAGGUUGAAUGUAACCAUAACAAGAGCGAAGUACAGCCUAUUUAUUUUGGGUCAUCUACGGACACUCAGGGAGCAGAGUGAUUGGGGUGCACUGAUACAGGAUGCGUAUGUGAGGGGUACCAUAGUGAAGACCCGUGAAAAGGACUUCAGGACGGAUGCCAUGCAGAUCUUCAAACAGGAUUCAGGGUUGAUAAGGAGCUUGUCCUACCCACCAAAAGAGCCUGGCUUUCCCUCUCAAGUCGGGCUUACUGCUGAGGCCCCUGCCUUUGUUAAUACAGAAAAGAUUGCCACAGGAAGCACUUCCGCCACCUCUGCAAAGGAGAAGGCUACACCUACCACAGCUCACCAGGUGUCAGAUGUUCACCAGGUGGGUGGGACCAUGAGAGGGAGGGGCCUGCUUCAGCGUUCAGAGAGGCCUAGAGACCCUCGGCUGGCCGCCCAGCCACCGCACCCCAGGCUGGACAGCCGGGAGCAAAGGGAGCAGGGGCACUCCUCCAGCUUUCCUCUCAACAGAGCUUUGAGGGGCAGCAGGGAGGAGCACGCUGUGCCCCAUCAUGUGCCAGGGGACUGGAGGCACUGGGACUCCCAUCCAAAAGAACAGAGUCGGCAGACCCCGCCCCAUGUACCCCACCAUUUUCGUGCUCCACACCCCCAGCCCCCGCUGAAACGCCCUCCUGACAGCCACCGGACCUCAGACACUUCCUCCAAGCGUGAAAAGAGAUGACUUUUAAAAACUCUGUUUUAUUUUCUGAUUUCUGCUUUUCUUUUCAAUUUUGUAGAAUUCAAGAGAGAUGAUUACAGUCCUCUGGUGGGGGGUAGUCCUUGGUGUGACUGCCCAGCAUGUUUUUUUAAGGGGUAAAUGUACUUCAGGGUCUUGAAUGGGCAUUAACCUCGAAUAAAAGUACUUAAUCCUACUACUAUUAUUGAUCACAGAUGUGGCUCCAGUGAUGCCCCUGCAUUUCCGCUGAUUUCCCCUGCAUUGUUUGAUAGGACCUGUGUGGUCUGAAUGAUGGGUAGAAAGGAGAAUCUGUGUUUUAUACAGUUCAUUGUGCGAUUUUUUUGGAUGGUAAGUAAAUGGGAGGAAUAUUUCUUUAGAAUUAAUGUGACAUAUUGUCACUAAUGGCCAAUAUCUGAUGAUGCGACGACAUGCUAUCAGCUUGGGUGUCAGGUUAAAUUCAGAAUUUUGAUUUUUUCUUUGUAUUUUAUAUAACCCCAUGCUUGACAUUUUUGAGGACUUAAGUGUUUUUAUUUUUGAUUAAUACUUCUGUUUAGACCUAAGAGUAGGUCUGGACUUGUUUCCCAAAGAAAUGUUGAAAUACUUGCACACAAUGCUAUAAAAAGCAAUAAGAGAAGUCCUAGUUUCAUUGUAGAUAUUUACCUCUUGUUCUUUAAGCAGCUUACAAAAUAAGGCUGAAAAUGAUGGUUGCCAUUUUUCCUUUUUUGUCAGAUACUUUUAUUGUUUGUACUGUACAUUUGUUUUCAUUUUGUAGUGAUGCACUUUUAAUUGUAGGCCUACUUCUCGGUGCAGUUGUAGAGAAAAUGCCUCUCCUAUCCUGAGCAGAGGAAAAA